AACGCGGAGUCUCAAUUUAGUAUAUCCACUCAGUCUUCAAUACUCAUGUCGUCUACCUCAUCCAAGGACUCGCAGCUCGAGUCUCCUGCUACUUCUAUCUGCUCGCCAAAUGGUCAAGGUGGGACAACUGCUGAAGCCAAGGCUAUAGCAGCGAGGAUCGAAGAACAAGCGAAACACCUCAGCGAGCAAGAGGUCAUGAUAAAAACGCUCAAUAAACAAUUGACACAUUGUGAGAGCGACCUACAGGCUCACAUGGAUUUAGUCAGUACAUUGGAGACGUCACUGGGUGACUCUGAGAAAAAUCUUCGCAAAGCACGUAUGCAGGCAACGGAGCUUGCGCGGGAAAGAGAUUCACUCAGCAACACCAUUGACGGUCUUCGGGGUGAGCUCCAGGAAGCGAAGCGAGAAGUUGUCACAGUUCGAAGAUCUAUUGCUGAAGAAAAACAAUCUCUUGAAUCGCGCCUCGACGAGGAACGGAGAGCGAAGGAGCGCGCACGUGCGCAACUCGACACCCGAAUGGAGGAACUACAAAAACGGAAAUCGAAGUUCGCGUGCCUCUGACGUUCUCAUUUACGCAAGCCUUUACCCCACACAGAUACAUCAUCGUCCCACCUUCCGCACUUUAUCCACUCGCAUCCUUUAUCGGCUGAAUACAUGCCUUUCUUGAUUCACGUCAUUUUUGUGGUACUGCUCUUUUUAUCAGUAUGUCUUGAAUCCCGCUGGAGAGGUGACAUAGAUAUUCGAUGAUACCCUCCCACCCUCACUCUCCUUAGUUUAUUAUAUAGUAUCUCGCCUUUUUGGUAUGUUUUAUAUCUCGUAGUGGAUACAGGUCACAUAUGCAUGUUUACAACCUAAUGCAAUACAUAUUCGGAUCAUAGCCAGGACGCUACUGC